GAGGCAGCGGGAGGGGAUGGUGUGCCUGGCGGAGGCGGUGGCGGGCGCCGCUCCGGCUCCUCCAUCCCCCCCGCCGUCGCCAUGGGUGUGAGCGGGGCCCGGCGGCCUGCGCAGAUAUGAGGCAUCCAUUAAUAAGCUAAAAGUGAAAGAACCAUGGCUCAGUUUCCAACACCUUUUGGGGGCAACCUGGAUAUCUGGGCUAUUACUGUGGAGGAGAGAGCUAAACAUGAUCAACAGUUCCACAGUCUGAAACCAACAUCUGGAUUUAUCACUGGUGAUCAAGCUAGAAACUUUUUUUUUCAGUCUGGGUUACCUCAGCCGGUGUUAGCACAGAUAUGGGCUUUAGCUGACAUGAACAAUGAUGGAAGGAUGGAUCAGCUGGAGUUUUCAAUAGCUAUGAAACUUAUCAAAUUAAAACUGCAAGGCUAUCAACUCCCAUCUGCGCUGCCUCCUGUCAUGAAGCAGCCACCUAUUGCUCUAUCUGGUGCACCAGGGUUUGGUAUUGGGGGCAUUGCCAGCAUGCCAUCUCUUACAACUGUUGCCCCAGUGCCAAUGGCAUCUAUUCCAGUAGUAGGAAUGUCUCCGCCAUUAGUAUCUUCUGUUCCUGCAGCAGCAGUGCCUCCCCUGGCUAAUGGAGCUCCUGCUGUUAUACAGCCUCUGCCUGCUUUUGCUCAUCCUGCCACAUUGCCAAAGAGUUCUUCCUUUAGUAGAUCUGGUCCAGGAUCACAGCUGAACACAAAACUGCAAAAGGCACAAUCGUUUGACGUGGCUAGUGUGCCUCCUGUGGCAGAGUGGGCAGUACCUCAGUCAUCAAGACUGAAAUACAGACAGUUGUUCAAUAGCCACGAUAAAACAAUGAGUGGACACUUAACAGGUCCGCAAGCAAGAACUAUUCUUAUGCAGUCAAGUUUACCCCAGGCUCAGCUGGCUACGAUAUGGAAUCUUUCAGAUAUUGAUCAAGAUGGAAAGCUUACGGCUGAAGAGUUUAUUCUGGCUAUGCACUUAAUUGAUGUAGCUAUGUCUGGUCAGCCACUGCCACCUGUACUGCCUCCAGAGUAUAUUCCACCUUCAUUUAGAAGAGUACGCUCUGGUAGUGGCGUAUCUGCUGUAAGUUCAGUAUCUGUAGACCAAAGGUUACCAGAAGAACCAGCAUUAGAAGAAGAACAGCAGCAACUGGAAAAGAAAUUACCAGUUACAUUUGAAGAUAAAAAACGUGAGAACUUUGAACGUGGCAAUCUAGAACUUGAAAAACGGAGGCAGGCUCUCCUGGAACAGCAACGGAAAGAGCAAGAGCGUCUAGCACAGCUGGAGCGGGCAGAGCAAGAACGGAAGGAACGUGAGCGACAAGAGCAAGAGCGGAAAAGGCAACUGGAGCUAGAGAAACAGCUGGAAAAACAACGGGAAUUGGAACGGCAGAGAGAAGAGGAGAGGAGGAAAGAAAUAGAAAGAAGAGAGGCUGCAAAACGGGAACUUGAGAGGCAGAGGCAACUUGAAUGGGAACGUAAUCGUCGGCAAGAACUGCUAAAUCAAAGAAACAGAGAACAAGAGGACAUAGUUGUUCUGAAGGCAAAGAAGAAAACUUUAGAAUUUGAGCUGGAAGCUCUAAAUGAUAAAAAAAAUCAGUUGGAAGGAAAGCUUCAGGAUAUAAGAUGUCGGCUGUCUACCCAAAGACAAGAAAUUGAAAGUACAAAUAAAUCUAGAGAACUGAGAAUUGCAGAAAUCACCCAUUUGCAGCAGCAGCUACAGGAAUCUCAGCAGAUGCUUGGAAAGUUGAUUCCAGAAAAGCAAUUGCUCAAUGACCAACUGAAGCAGGUUCAACAGAACAGUUUGCAUAGAGAUUCUCUUCUUACUAUCAGAAGAGCCUUAGAAGCCAAGGAGCUAGCCCGUCAACAGCUUCGAGACCAGCUAGAUGAAGUAGAAAAAGAAACCAGAUCUAAACUUCAGGAAAUUGAUAUUUUCAAUAAUCAGCUGAAGGAGCUGAGAGAAAUACAUAACAAACAGCAACUUCAGAAACAAAAGAACUUAGAAGCUGAGAGGCUGAAACAGAAAGAACAAGAAAGGAAGACAGAGCUGGAAAAGCAAAGAGAAGCUCAAAGGAGAAUCCAGGAUCGGGAUAAACAACGGCUGGAUCGAGUGCAACAAGAAGAAGAACCUCAAUGGCAAAAAAAAAAUCAAGAAGAUGACAAGCAAAAAAGGGAAGAAACAAUUAAGAAGAAGGAAAGUGAGGAUAAGGGGAAACAGGAAAUCCAAGAGAAACCGAGUAAGCUUUUCCAACCACAUCAAGAACCAGUUAAGCCAGCUGUCCAGGCUCCAUGGUCAAAUGCAGGAAAAGCUCCACUAACAAUUUCUGCUCAGGAGGAUGUAAAAAUAGUGUAUUAUAGAGCACUGUAUCCUUUUGAAUCAAGAAGCCAUGAUGAAAUCACUAUUCAACCUGGCGACAUAGUCAUGGUGGAUGAAAGUCAGACUGGAGAACCAGGGUGGCUUGGUGGAGAAUUGAAGGGAAAAACUGGAUGGUUCCCGGCAAACUACGCAGAAAAAAUACCUGAAAGUGAAGUUCCAGCGUCUAUAAAACCAGUUGAGGCAGCUCCUGCACCUAAAGUUUCCGUGCAUGAAACAACCACAUCACUAGGAACUGCUGCAUCUACAGAGUGCACGACAACUGCCAACAACUGGGCAGACUUCAGUUCAACAUGGCCAGCAAACACUAAUGAGAAACCAGAGACAGACAACUGGGAUGCCUGGGCAGCUCAGCCGUCGUUGACAGUUCCCAGUGCAGGGCAGCUGCGGCAGCGAUCAGCCUUCACCCCUGCCACUGUUACAGGAUCAUCUCCCUCUCCCGUUUUGGGUCAGGGUGAAAAAGUGGAGGGACUUCAAGCACAGGCUUUGUAUCCUUGGAGAGCAAAAAAAGAUAACCACCUUAAUUUCAACAAAAAUGAUGUCAUCACAGUUUUAGAGCAGCAAGAUAUGUGGUGGUUUGGAGAAGUUCAAGGACAAAAGGGGUGGUUUCCUAAGUCAUAUGUGAAGCUUAUUUCAGGCCCCAUUAGGAAGUCAACAAGCAUGGAUUCUGGUUCUUCAGAAAGUCCUGCUAGUCUGAAAAGAGUAGCAUCACCAGCAGCUAAAGCAACUAUGUCAGGUGAAGAAUAUGUUGCUAUGUAUACUUACGAGAGUUCUGAGCAAGGAGACCUAACCUUUCAGCAAGGUGAUAUGAUUCUUGUGACAAAGAAAGAUGGCGACUGGUGGACAGGAACGCUGGGUGAUAAAACAGGAGUUUUUCCAUCUAAUUAUGUGAGACUCAAAGAUUCUGAGGCUUCUGGAGCAGCUGGAAAAACAGGAAGCUUAGGGAAGAAACCUGAAAUUGCCCAAGUUAUUGCCUCUUACACAGCAACGGGUCCAGAACAACUCACCCUUGCUCCUGGUCAGUUGAUUCUUAUCAGAAAGAAGAACCCAGGUGGCUGGUGGGAAGGAGAGCUCCAAGCCCGAGGGAAAAAACGACAAAUAGGAUGGUUUCCUGCUAAUUAUGUAAAACUCUUGAGCCCUGGUACCAGUAAAACUACGCCAACCGAGCUACCUAAAUCAACAGCAUUACCUUCAGUGUGCCAAGUAAUUGGCAUGUAUGACUACACUGCACAGAAUGAUGAUGAGCUAGCAUUCAAUAAAGGCCAGAUUAUAAACGUCCUUAGCAAGGAAGACCCAGACUGGUGGAAAGGGGAGGUGAAUGGACAAGUGGGUCUCUUCCCAUCCAACUAUGUGAAGCUGACAACAGAUACGGACCCAAGCCAGCAAUGGUGUGCAGACUUGCAUCUUCUGGAUAUGUUGACACCUACUGAAAGAAAAAGGCAGGGAUACAUCCAUGAGCUCAUUGUCACAGAAGAGAACUAUGUAAAUGAUUUGCAGUUGGUCACAGAGAUCUUCCAGAAACCACUAAUGGAAUCUGAGCUGCUAACAGAAAAGGAAGUUGCUAUGAUUUUUGUUAAUUGGAAGGAACUGAUUAUGUGCAAUAUAAAACUACUGAAGGCCUUGCGUGUGCGUAAGAAGAUGUCUGGAGAGAAGAUGCCAGUGAAAAUGAUUGGCGACAUCCUGACAGCUCAGCUGCCACACAUGCAGCCAUACAUUCGGUUCUGUAGCUGCCAGCUCAAUGGGGCAGCACUCAUUCAGCAGAAAACAGAUGAAGUCCCCGAAUUCAAGGAGUUUGUAAAAAGGUUAGCAAUGGAUCCUCGCUGUAAAGGAAUGCCACUAUCAAGUUUUCUACUAAAGCCUAUGCAACGGGUAACAAGAUACCCACUAAUAAUUAAAAAUAUAAUAGAAAACACUCCUGAAAGCCAUCCUGACCACAGUCACUUGAAGCAUGCUCUUGAAAAAGCGGAAGAAUUAUGUUCUCAAGUAAAUGAAGGAGUGCGAGAGAAAGAAAAUUCAGAUAGGCUGGAGUGGAUCCAGGCUCAUGUUCAGUGCGAAGGCCUCUCUGAGCAACUCGUAUUUAAUUCUGUUACAAACUGCUUGGGACCACGCAAGUUUCUGCACAGUGGGAAGCUCUAUAAAGCCAAGAGUAACAAGGAACUGUAUGGCUUUCUGUUCAACGAUUUCCUCCUCUUGACUCAGAUCAUAAAACCUCUUGGCUCUUCUGGCACAGACAAGGUCUUCAGCCCCAAGUCUAAUCUGCAGUACAAAAUGUACAAAACUCCCAUUUUUCUAAAUGAAGUACUAGUAAAAUUACCCACAGACCCUUCUGGAGAUGAGCCCAUUUUCCAUAUCUCCCACAUUGACAGAGUCUAUACACUCCGGGCUGAAAGCAUUAAUGAAAGGACUGCAUGGGUUCAGAAAAUUAAAGCUGCUUCGGAACUUUACAUAGAGACUGAAAAGAAGAAGAGGGAAAAGGCCUACUUAGUUCGCUCACAAAGAGCAACGGGCAUUGGGAGGUUGAUGGUGAAUAUUGUUGAAGGCAUUGAACUAAAACCUUGCAGAUCCCAUGGAAAGAGUAAUCCAUACUGUGAGGUGACGAUGGGCUCUCAGUGCCACAUCACCAAGACAAUGCAGGACACCCUCAAUCCGAAGUGGAACUCCAACUGCCAGUUCUUUAUCAAAGACCUCGAGCAGGACGUACUCUGCAUCACGGUGUUUGAGAGGGACCAGUUCUCCCCAGAUGACUUUUUGGGCAGAACAGAGAUCCGUGUGGCAGACAUUAAGAAGGAUCAGGGUUCAAAGGGACCAGUUACAAAGUGUCUCCUUCUCCAUGAAGUCCCCACAGGAGAGAUAGUCGUCCGACUGGACCUGCAAUUGUUUGAUGAGCCUUAGAAGGAAAGGGACCAAUGUUUUGGUUUUUUUUUUUGGUCUGAGUUCACUGCAAUAUAGGUAUCUGCAGAAGCUGUCACAAAACCCUUAUUGGUUUGAUACGAAACUACUGCUUGCCCUUCACACACAAGAGGGUUAUCAAAGCAAACAGGAGCAUCUUUGUGCCUUGAUAAUUCUCACUGAAAAACGAGUCCCAGUUUAGUGAGGAAGUCUCCCUCAAUUUCUCUAUGUGGAACCUGAUGUUAGUUUCCUGGGUUUAUGAAGUAACCUGGCUGUUCGUUGUGCUGCAGCCUGAAAGGCUGGCACACCACAUAGGUCCCCGUGCUUGCUCCAGUUACUCUACUCGUUAAUUUACAUGAAGAAGGCAAUGUUGGUAUGUUUGGUGGCUUUCUGCAGGGUUUUCCCCCAUAAGGAAUUCUGUGCCUAUUGCUCAGCAAAGUGGCGUGUAAAUGUUUUGUGAAUGGAACAAGCAGUUAUGCAGUAAGAAGAUCUCUGGAGAUCUUCAUGGCGAUACUGAAAAUAUUUAGAAAAUAAAUAGUCUAUAUCUAUAAAGAGAGAAGAUUCUAUUAACAUACCACUUCAUGACUCACAUUGCCCCCAGAAUAAAUUACGUGCAGGCCUUGUGCACAGAGAUGAGUUACACUCCAGAAGAGUCCACCCACUCAGUACCUUUGGAAGAAGUGUUUGAACAGUGAGUGAAGGACAGAAUAUAGAGCCCUGCUGAAUGUUGUGCUGUACCACUUUGAUACUGUUUUACUACUGCUGCUCAGUUGUGUGAAUGCAGAUGGAUGUUCCGUCACCUGCAGUGAGGAAGGAAAACAAUGAUGGCUCUAGCUCAGGAAGCUCAUUUCUACCCCGCAGAGUCUAGUUUGCAAAGCAAUCAGUGGUGACCAGUUAUUAAACUGUACUGUGCCUGACUGCAUUCGACAUCGUGUUGCUGAAUUCAGGGCAGUAGCACAUUGUCACUCACAGCAGUGUUUGCUGCAAACCGGGCUGGUCACAAAGUUGGUGGCAAAGAUGGUAGACGUGAACAGAAUGAAGUGUUUGUGAUUGUAUGGAGUGGGUAACCCAGGGGUAAUGUCUUUUUCAUCUUGGGGAACACAAAAGGUUAUAUAUGUGUUUAACUCAACACAUAGCACACAUACAGGCCAACGUCCAGCAAACUUCCCGUGUUUGGCAAACCAUCUGUCCCUAAGUGCACACAUAGGUUGCAUUUCCCUUAAGUACACGACUGGAUGUGACAGACCCCUAAGAGUAAAAUUCAUCUUUGUUCUGCCUGGAAUCAUUUCGUUCAUUACCUAUCAUGCAUACACUGGUAUUUUUGUAAUGACUUUAAUUCUGAAUGGGAGGUGUCAGCCUGUUCCAUUAGCAUGUGAAUGUUCUCGUGGAGCCUGUUGUUAGGUUUUGAUGUUCUUUGCAUGUCCUUUCAGUACUGGUUUCCACCUUCCCUGUAUAGAUGGUGUUCUCUAGCACUACAAUUCUUAUUGAUUUCCAUUAGGAAAUUAGGAUAUAUUCAUAACGGAUAGGUAGAAACAGUAUGGUAAUAAGUGUAAACUGUGCUGGGAAGUGUCUGUGUAUUAUAAUUUCCUACGAGACCACUGUAAUGUUUCAAGCAAUGGGAAAAAUGUAUGUUGGAGGGACGACAAAGUUUACAUUUCAUACUUUUCAGAAUCGCUUUAUUAUUUAUUUAUUGAAGAUAGUGUAGAAUUUUGUAUCAGAAAUGACAGACAUACUUAUGUAUUUUUUGAAACAGAAAAGCAGAGAUACACACUUUAGUUAGAAACUUUCAACUGAUCACAUUUUAGAGGGAGUGCAACUUCCUGGGCAUGCAUUUGGUUACCACUAACUGGCAGAAAACAUGAUUAAGAGAACUUUAAGUUUCUAUUUUUCAAUGUUGUUAAGAAAAUUGUUUCGAUUAAAAUAUGUAAAUAGUACUAAACCCAUGUUUUCCUAAUUCCAUAUCAAUACAUUUUAUUAAAUAUAACGUAUAUGAAAAUACACGUUGUUGUGGUAGAAUUAAAAAAAAGUGAUAAAAUCUAUUAAUGGGUAACAUUAAAUGUCAUUUAAUGUCAUGUCUAACCUUUUAUUGCUGUCCUAAUUUUACUCACUAGCUGGACAUACAGUGAAUUCCUUUCAGUGUUUAGAAAGUCGGAUCAUCUUUUUAUGGCAUCAUUUCCACAGCAUGAAUUUCAGCAAAAAAUAGUAGACAAAUAGGAAAAAAAUACCAUGGAUGUGAUGCAGAGAUCCAGUCCAGGUUUGCAGAAGAAGCCUCAAGUUGCUGCGUUUUCCUCUGAGAUUCACUUGCUGUUGGAAGUGGUUGCCAGGUAGCUGUGGGGGCUCCUCUUGGACUGUGACCCCGUCAUCGAUACGUCAGAUUGCAUCUUUUUAUGUGGUAACACAACUGAGCACCUUCCCAACCACCAUCGCUUGUCAUUUCCAACUUGCCCUCAAUGCAUGGGAACGUUUAGUUCCUGUUAAUGCCAAUGAAUGUCAUGCAUGUGUGAGAUGAUGAUGAAGGGCUGGGGUUCAGCUCCUGGAUUUCUAACUUGCAAUCAGUCCUUGUAAUUUCCCUUGUCCAUCCAGGACUUCAUGUGCUGUGGAGUUGUGGGAGUGGCAAGGCCUCUUCUUCCAGGUAACAGUGAUACGAUAAGUUGUGCCAGGGGAGGUUCAGGUUGGGUAUUAGGAGAAAUGUCUU